CCUCAACCAGAUCAGUGGGAGUACGAUCGUCAGCAACUCUUCUUCAAGGGACAUCUGGGUGAAGGACAGUUUGGCACCGUCAGUCGAGCCCGCGCGCUUGAUAUUCGAGAUCAAGUCGGUGAGGUUGAUGUUGCUGUUAAGCAAUGUGGUUCUCGCAAAUCUGGCACCACGGACAGCAUCAGCGUGGAAAACAUGUACCGCUUUGUCAAGGAAGCAAACGUUAUGAAGCGUUUCGACCAUCGGAAUGUGCUGCGCCUGCUAGGCGUUUGCUUACAGGAAGAGCCUCUCUACGUCAUCACCGAACUCAUGGAGAAAGGCGACUUGCUGUCAUACCUGCGCACGGCUGCUAAGUCCUUGACGACGCGCCAGCUGACGGCCAUGAGCUCUGAUGUCGCCGAGGGCAUGUCGUACCUGCACAGCCUUCAAUUCGUACACGGCGAUUUGGCCUGUCGCAAUUGCCUCGUCAAUGCCAACGGGGUCGUGAAAAUUGCAGACUUUGGACUCUCCAAGGACGCCAGUUACAAGGGAUAUUACGCCCGCAAUGCCAACGACACCACACCGGUCCCCAUCCGCUGGAUGUCUCCAGAAACGCUCAUUUAUGGGCGGUUUACCCUGGCUGGCGAUGUUUGGGCCAUGGGCAUUGUCCUUUUUGAAAUAUUUUCUCACGGCCAGUUGCCAUACGCUGGCAUCGGGAAUCAACAGAUCUUACAUCAAGUGGAGAAAGGCUAUCGCCUUACGGCUCCCAAAUCCAUGUCAGAGGGGGUGGCUCAGCUCAUGAAUGAAUGUUGGCUGGCCGAGGCAGAGAUGCGCCCAAGCAUGAGAGACGUGUCACAG